CUUAAGCCUUCUCAAGGUUACGACUGACUGCCCUUACCCGGCUCGUUCGCGAUGAGCCACAACCCAAGCCCAGGGGCGAUCGCUCAGAAUGUUCAUGUUGUUUUGCAAUCCUUUCGAAACCUCUUCCACGCUCUCGACGAGCGAGAUGCCUCCACAGAUUUGCACCGGUCUCUCAUAUCCAGGUUCGAGAAUGAGAGCACACGCUUCAAGAUGUGGGCUGGAAAUCUCGGGGCCCACCAGAGAGGCCGGGCUUCGCUCGACUACCGGCUGAGGGAAGCUCCUCACUUGCAAGAACAGGUUGUUUAUCUACUCAAGGACCUGUCCCAGUCCUUGCAGGACGCCGUCUCCAUGGUCUGCCGCGAGGAGCGGCGCUCACAUCUUGGAAUUGGUGCUCAGCCCGAGGCGCUUGAUAUCAAGCAGCAACCCUUGCACUCAUCAGAUGACCCCGAACGAAGGAGCGAGGACAGUUUUUCCGGCUCGGAUGACGACGAAGCCCCUCUGCAGAAUGGUCCAACGGAGCUCUGUGUCGAUGUCGCCGAGGCCAUCGACUGCCUCCUGCGCCUCUCGGUUGCCAUCGCGAACCCAGCACCGCACGAGAGAGCCCGCGUUGGCGAUGCCGAGGAUGUUUCCAUCCGCGAGACGUACGACAUUAGAUAUGUUCAGGAGAAAUUCCCCAUGAUGGACCCCGCGCUUUCCGGGGUUCUGGGGAAAGCCAUUACGCGACGGCGCCAGUUUUUCAGGUACCGUGAGGCCCACCACGCGAAGCUAGCGGCAGGUCUGGAGAGGUUGGGCCACGACGGGAACGCCAAGGAUACAGGUCAAACCGAGAUCGUCCCCAAGACGGUCGCGUCAUCUUUGCCCAGCCACUUCAAGGAGCUGACCGGCAUCGACUUGAGAACGAGUGUCUUUGACGAGGACAGAGGGUCCGAGACGGGCAUGUCGCAGACCUCGUAUGCUACCUCGGCCGGCUUCAUGCCCGAGGAAGUCGACGGUCAGCCCGUGGAACCGCCGGCGCCGCUCAAGGUGCCGCCCUUGCCCGCAGCCGCACAGCAUGGGAGCUUUGAAUGUCCAUUUUGUUACAGGAUGGUCUCCGCCAGCACCCGUUCGGCAUGGAAACGCCAUGUGUUCGGAGAUCUCCGCCCCUAUACCUGUCUCUUCCCCGAAUGCGCCGAAUCCCACGCCGAUUUUGACCGCCGCCAUCUUUGGGAGGCACACAUCUCGCAGCACCACUGGCAGUCAUUCUACUGCCCCUUCACGUGCGAUACCAGCUUCCCCUCUGCGUCCGAACUCAGGCAGCACCUGAGCCAUCAGCACAUGCCAGGUGCCACGGACGAGCAGCUCAAUGCCGUCGUAUCCCUCGGCAAGAGGGCCGCCGCCGCCGACACUGCCAACGAAUGUCCCAUGUGCCGGCAUACCGUGAUAGGGCUGAGGCCAUAUAUCCGGCACGUGGGCCGUCAUCUCGAACAGCUUGCCCUCUUUGCCCUUCCGCAUCUGGAAGAUGAGAAUCACUCCGAAGGUGGUCGAAGUGACCAAGAGAGUGGCACUUCGUCGUGCGACGACGAAAUUCAUGGCGUGGAUAACGACGAACCUCACGAGCGCACGGAGCCGAUCGAACUCGCCAGGGAUGACCUCGGACAGGACGAUAUAUCGACUCUCGAGACGGUCAACAACUUGGGCAACGUCUAUAGGAAACGAGGCCGGCUAACGGAAGCCGAGUCGAUGUUUCAGAGGGCACUAGAAGGCCAGGAGAAUGCGCUCGGACGGGACCACCCAUCGACUCUCCAGACGGUCCACAACUUAGGUAUCUUCUAUGCGAAUCAAGGCCGGCUAACGGAAGCCGAGUCGAUGUUUCAGUGGGCGCUAGAAGGCCAGGAGAAGGCACUUGCACAGGACGACGUAUCGACUCUCGACACAGUCUGCAGCUUAGGCAGCGUCUAUUGGAAACAAGGCCGGCUAACGGAAGCCGAGUCGAUGUAUCAGCGGGCACUAGAAGGCUAUAAGAAGGCGCUUGGACGGGACCACCCAUCGACUCUCCAGACGGUCCACAACGUAGGCAUCUUCUAUGGGACUCACGGCCGGCUAACGGAAGCCGAGUCAAUGUUUCAGUGGGCGUUAGAAGGCCGGGAGAAGGCGCUUGGGCGAGACCACCUAUCGACUCUUGAGACGGUUUACAACUUAGGCAUCGUCUAUGAGAAUCAAGGCCGGCUAAUGGAAGCCGAGUCGAUGUUUCAGUGGGCACUAAAAGGCCGGGAGAAGGCGCUUGGACCGGACCACCUAUCGACUCUUUCAACGGUCAACAACUUGGGUAUCGUCUAUGAGAAUCAAGGCCGGCUAAUGGAAGCUGAGUCGAUGUUUCAGCGGGCACUAGAAGGCCGGGAGAAGGCGCUUGGACGAGACCACCCAUCGACUCUUGAAACCGUUCACAGCUUGGCAGUCCUCUAUGCGACUCAAGGCGAGCUAACGGAAGCCGAGUCGAUGUAUCAGCGGGCACUACGAUCAGCACCCCAGGGACCCGACCAGAACGCCAAGCGGCCCAUCAUCGCCACUCCAGGGCAUCGCCUGUCCGACCGGGGGUCCGGAAACCUGUCGCGUGACAUCAACCAAUCGAGCAACGAGGGGCAGCAUUACGCACAGCCCGCUUCCUCUAGUCCGCGGAGCCGAGCUGCCGGCCACGUACCCUCCAGCGCGGUCGUGGAUGAGGAGGGAGACCAAAGUCUGAGGGACAGGUCUCCUCCACGCAGAGGGGCGCUAAACGUCGGCCCGAGACAUCCCGUCAAACCCAACCGGCCCUUUUUCGAUAGGGGAUAUUAUGAGUACAUCAACCCGAGCGACCUCGCCGGAUACGACCAGGCCGACCGUCCUUUUCAGCCUGGACAUAAUCAGGACGAGGACGUCGAGGCUAAUGCACCGCCGGGAGCAAAAUGGACCAAGACAAAGCGCCACUUAGUCAGCCCGGAGACGCUCACAACAUUCAAGGAGCGGUUCGAAGUGCGCGAUGACUUCGUUAUCGUGCAAAGGAUGCUCAGCGAGGAGGAGUUCCAUCGGUAUUGGUCCUUCACCGCCAUGUCAAUAGAGAGGGAAAUGAAAGCAAUGUUGGAAGAGCAAAAGCGAGAGGAACCCAGCGAGUCGGAGCAUGACGGUGACCGAAACCGCGACUGAGACCGUGACCGUGAGCAUGAGCAUGAGCGUGAUGGCGAUGGCGAUGGCGAUAACGAGAAAAAGCGGUGCCAAAGAGAACCGGGCCGUGAAAAGGAGCGGUAUCAACGGUCCCCCUACGCAAGUUCGACGAGGAGGAAGGGGGUCUAGAUGUGCAGGAAUACUUGGGUGGUGGGUUAGCAGGCAUCAUCUGUCAUGUUGCGAGCGAGGCAGGGGGAGGAGUUAUGGGGACUG